AUGCAGGCACUGCGCGGCUCAGUCCUGGUCUCUCGACCGACCGGAAGGGGGCAGCGCUGCGCCCUUAAGGCUGCUGCCGUGCCACGGCGGCCGCACGCGCGUAACAGCGGGAGUGUCGUGGUCGCCGCGGCGACUGAGAGCGCGAAGUCGUCGGCGUCCAAGCGGAGGAAGGUCACGGAGGACAAGCUCGUCGUGACGGGCCCGAAACCAUACCAGCAAACCAUCAAGCAGACCGUCGGCCUCGCGGGCAUCGGCCUGCACACGGCCGAGUACGCGCACGUCCGCCUGUGCCCGGCCCCCUCCAAGACGGGGCGCUACUUCGUGCGCGUCCCCGACGGCACCCUCUCGUCCGUCUUCGACCAGGCCGAGGCCGAGGCGGACCGCGAGCUCCCCUCCGCCCUCACGGACUUCCUCCAGGAGAACGAGCCCGAGAAGGGCCGCCGCAACCUGCAGUUCUUCCAGCAGUGGGUCGAUGAGUCAGAACUGGGCAGCUUCACCGGCACCUUCGACGACUGGCUGGGGGAGCGCACGGAGGAGGAGGCCGUGCGGCUGCUCGAGCGCAUCCGCGCGGCCCUCGACGCCAUCCCCGUGGAGCCGGAGCCGGAGCCGGUCAAGGGCGAGCCGCGCGUGGACGCGCACGUGUCGUACCUCGUGAGCGAGUCCCCCCACUACCUCACGCUCCAGUCCGACUCGAUGGUCGUGCGCGGCGCGGAGCACCUCCUCGCCGCGCUCGAGGCCUCCGGCAUCGACAACUGCCGCAUCGAGAUUGAGGGCGGGAGCGAGAUCCCGAUGGUGGACUCAACAGCGUUUGGGUGGUGCGAGUAUAUCAUGCGUGCGGGGCAGCGCGCGUCGGGGUCGGACCGCACGCCGCGGAUUUCGCCUGUGCUGGGCGCGCCGGUGCACGUCGCGGACGCGGCGGGCGCGUUCAUGGUGGCCACGCCGGCCGACACUGCGGUGGUGUCGGCGGGGGUGGACUGGGCCGACGUGCCGUACGUGGGGCGGCAGUGGCACGCGUGGGCGGUGGAGGACGCGGUCGGGUUCGUGUCGGGCGCCGCGCCCGCGCGCUCGUGCAUCAAGUCGAUGGAGCAGGCUUUCGCGUACCGCCGCGACGGGCUGUACAAGGGCGCGGGCGAGGCGAGCGUGACGAUCGGGUGCGGGGACUCGUUCCACGACGACAACGCCGACAUGUUCAUGGGGUCGGACCCGGCGCGGCACGCGGUGGUGGACGCCGUCGGCGCGCUGGCGCUGCUCGCCGAGGGCGGGAACGCCGGCCUGCCGCUGGCGCACGUGGCGGCGUGGGACGCGACGCACGCGCUGCACGCCGAGUUCCUCCAGGCCGUCGCCAAGGAACUCGAGUGGUAG